CGCGCGCUCCCAAGAGGGAGAGGUCUCCGAGCAAAAGCGAGCGGCCCGUUUUCGGAAGGGAGUCUCUGGGCCGCGCCAGGGACGAGGGCACCAUGGCCGCCCUCCUGCUGCUGCCCCUGUUGCUGCUGCCACUCCUGCUGCUGCGGAAGCUGCACCUCUGGCCCCGGCUGCGCUGGCUCGCGGCCGACUUGGCCUUCGCGGUGCGCGCCCUACGCUGCAAACGGGCUCUUCGAGCGCGCGCCCUGGCCGCGGCCGCCGCCGACCCGAGGGGCCCCGAGGGGGGCUGCAGCCUGGCCUGGCGCCUCGCGCAACUGGCCGGGCAGCGCCCCACACACAUCUUCCUCAUCCACGGCGCGCGACGCUUCAGCUACGCGGAGGCCGAGCGCGAGAGCAACCGGGCUGCGCGCGCCUUCCUGCGCGCCCGGGGCUGGGACGCGGAGCUCGGCGGCGGCGCAGAGGACGAGCGGGCCGCGGGAGUUGCCGGCGCCGCGGCCCCUCUGGCACCCGGGGCCACCGUGGCGCUGCUCCUCCCCGCCUGCCCAGAGUUCCUGUGGCUCUGGUUCGGGCUGGCCAAGGCCGGCCUGCGCACAGCCUUUGUGCCGACCGCCCUGCGCCGGGGUCCCCUCCUGCACUGCCUCCGCAGCUGCGGCGCGCGCGCGCUCGUGCUGGCGCCAGAGUUCUUGGAGUCCCUGGAGCCUGACCUGCCAGCCCUGAGAGCCAUGGGGCUCCGUCUCUGGGCUGCAGGCCCUGAAACCCAUUCUGCUGGAAUCAGCGAUUUGCUGGCUGAGGCCUCCGCUGAAGUGGAUGAGCCAGUGCCGGGGUAUCUAUCUGCCCCCCAGAGCAUAAUGGACACGUGCCUGUACAUCUUCACUUCUGGCACCACGGGCCUCCCCAAGGCUGCUCGGAUCAGUCAUCUGAAGAUUCUGCAGUGCCAGGCCUUCUACCAGCUGUGCGGAGCCCACCAGGAGGAUGUGAUCUACCUUGCCCUCCCACUCUACCACAUGUCCGGCUCCCUGUUGGGCAUUGUGGGCUGCUUGGGCAUUGGGGCCACAGUGGUGCUGAAGUCCAAGUUCUCGGCUGGCCAGUUCUGGGAGGACUGCCAGCAGCACAGGGUGACAGUGUUCCAGUACAUCGGGGAACUGUGCCGAUACCUUGUCAACCAGCCCCCGAGCAAGGCAGAACGUGGACAUAAGGUCCGGCUGGCGGUGGGCAGUGGGCUGCGCCCAGACACCUGGGAGCGUUUUGUGCGGCGCUUUGGGCCCCUGCAGGUGCUGGAGACCUACGGACUAACGGAGGGCAACAUUGCCACUUUCAACUACACGGGACAGCUGGGUGCUGUGGGACGUGCUUCCUGGCUUUACAAGCAUGUCUUCCCCUUCUCUUUGAUUCGCUGUGAUGUCACCACAGGGGAGCCAAUUCGGGACACUCAGGGGCACUGUGUGGCCACAUGUCCAGGUGAGCCAGGGCUGCUGGUGGCCCCAGUGAGCCAGCAGUCCCCAUUCCUGGGCUACGCUGGGGGGCCAGAGCUGGGCCGGGGAAAGCUGCUAAAGGAUGUCUUCCGGCCUGGGGAUGUUUUCUUCAACACUGGGGACCUGCUGGUCUGCGAUGACCAGGGUUUUCUCCGCUUCCACGAUCGUACUGGAGACACCUUCAGGUGGAAAGGGGAGAACGUGGCCACGACUGAGGUGGCGGAAGCCUUGGAGUCCCUGGAUUUUCUUCAGGAGGUGAACGUCUACGGAGUCACCGUGCCAGGGCACGAAGGCAGAGCUGGAAUGGCGGCCCUGGUUCUACGUCCCCCCCACUCAUUGGACCUUGUGCAGCUCUACACCCAUGUUUCUGAGAACUUGCCACCAUAUGCCUGGCCUCGAUUCCUAAGGCUCCAGGGCCGGAUGAAAGAGGCCAUCUAUCAUGGCAGCCUGCCAGGCCUGGCUUUCACCGCCAGCUGGGCAGUGGCUGGCCUGGUCCCGUUUCUCCAGACGGCCAGGCCCUGCUCCCCUCCCUUGCUGCCCCAAGGCCCCCAGCGGAAGUCCGACGUCCUCUCCCUUCACCCAGGCUGGGAGGCAGUCAAAACUAAGAGGAGGCAGUGGGCCCCAGGAGGCCACCAUGCCCAGGCCUCUCCCGUGGUCCCUUCAGGCCGCACUGCAGGCUCGGAGCUGGCCUUCGUGCGGGAGCAACCUGCUGCCCUGCCAGGGGAGGAUGGCCGCUCCAUCGGUGGGGGGCUUAUCCAAGUCCUGGGCACCGGGAACCUCAUGAUUUCUGAAGGGUCUGUCCAGCACUGGGGCAUCUAUGUCUGUGCUGCCAAUCGGCCGGGCACCUGUGUCCAGCACAUGGCACAGAGCAUCCUGCUGUGUCCUGGGAACCACCUGCCCCCCAACAGGGACAUCAUUGGCUAUGUGCCGAACCUCCGGCCUGUGGGAGAGACAGCUGGCCCAGAGCUCCACGAGGCCGUGGGCGAAGGCAGCUUUGAGCAUGUCUCCUCCAGCCUGGAGCCCACCACAACCGACUCCACCCACGUGCGGGCCUCCUCAGCGGAGGGUGCCAGCCGGGACUCCGCCUCCAGGGACGCCUCCACCAUGGGCCGCGACACUGAGCUUUGCAGCCCAGAAAGGCCUGCGGCCUUCCCCGCGUCCUGCUCCCUGUAUGAGAUCCAGCUCCAGGCAUUCAGUGGCUACGGGCAGGGUCCCAGCAGCUGUCUCCUUGCGUGA